AUGUCACAACAUGCUUCACAAAUAGCUUCACCUGUUUCGCAGAGUGCGGACACAAGUGAAUCUCGGUCGAUGCGCUCGCCACAACCCAUCCAAGCAGGCUCUAUCGGGCCUGCGGUGAGCACAACGUUGGCAUCGCCCAAGCCCGGCGUGACGAAACCAGGUGAUGUGGGUCCGCUCACACAGGGGAAGCAGACGACGUCUUCUUCGGCAUCGGAAGAAGCAUCCCUGAGAGAGUCAUUGGCUGCGUCGACGAUUCCGCAGCACGUGCCAGCCCGACCCGCUGUGUCACAGCUGCGGACGCCACAACGCGCGCCACAAAGGACGGCGCAACCUACACUUGCAUCUACAGCACUCUCUUCUUCUGCAACGUCUGCAUCAGGAUCGUCCGCCUCACCAGCGCCAACAAAGCCACUUACCGGCGCGCCACAGCGCCCGGCGCUGCAGCGGAGACUCACGCGUCCCACGGCUGCACAGGCGUCGACGGCGCUCGUCGCUCCACGUGGUGAUGAGAACUCCACUUUGUCGCAGGUGGAAGAAAUGCUCGAGGGCUUUGAGUGGAAAGUUGUUCGGCACUCGGCAGACAUACGGCAGAAGAAUUUUGGCACGGCCGACGUGAUUGAGGAGCGGCUGCUGGAGGAACUCGCAGCGCUCGAGUCAUCGGGCAUUCAUGCGAUGAUUGAACCAGACCAGCGGGUAGCGCAGCUGCUGCAGCAUAUUGACGAUUCACUGCUGCAGCUGGACCGACUAGACGCGAGUGUCGCUGGCUACAAGAUGCAAUUGCUGUCCAGGUCGGAGGACAUUGCUUACAUCCAAAACCAGAACAAGGGAUUGCAGGUACAGACGUCGAACCGACACUUGCUGCUCAACGAGGUCGACACUCUCCUCUCGACGAUCCAGGUCGACCAACAGGCCAUGCAGAAACUGGCGUCCACAAGCCUAUCGUCGGGCGCCGAUGCAUCGGAACUUGAGUCAGCGGCUGUAUCGCUGUACAAGAGCAUUUUGCAGGCGCGUCCUGACCGACACAAGCACACGUCAGGCACUGAGACGGAGGCCAUGGCGCAGCAUCUCGCGAAUUCCGAGACCGUCGCGAAGGAAUUCAACACGCGCCUCGUAUCAGAGUUCGAGUCGGAGUUGGAGAAGGCGAUGCAUGCACAGCUGAAUCACCUCCCUCACACGCAGCAAGCCAUGUCUGCCGAGUCCACGCUGCCACCGCACGAUAUCAUGGAGCAGUGGCUGGGCAAGUAUUGCGGCCUGUCUCUUUACCUGCGCGAGACAACUCCGCACGUGUUCCAGGACUUUUCACGCGUGUAUAUGGCGUGCGAGUCACAGUGCUUCCGGACGGAGCUGCAGCGUGUGUUUGGUGUGGCGACACAGCAAGUGGCGCGUAGCGAAGGCACCGCGCGCCAGGGCUCGCUCCGUCGUGGUGGGGCCAGUGCAGGCACUGGCCCACCUGCUGCGGGAUCAGCGAGUGAUGGCAUGCCGGGAGCGACGCUGCAGCGGAUCUUGGCAUCGCUCUUGCCGCGCGUGACGGAAGAACAUGCCUUUCUGGCCGACCUGCUGCAGAUCAACGACGACACCCUCACGUUUGCCGACUACAUGGACUUGGAGCCGUACUUCAAGCAUCGGGCUGCAGUCACGAUGGCAUUGGCGACCGAAAGUCCUCAGCAGGCGAUGGAUCGCGCGCUCCAACAGAUCUUCUCCGUCAUCGUACCGGAACUGGAUUCGUUCGUAUCGCACGUCGCACAGCAAAACAUCUGGUCCGUGGUUGGCAUGCUCGUUGAAACCGAGCUCGCACAACGUGCGCUGCAGCAGCGACCGGGCGGCGCAGCUGUGUCGCAGCUGCUCAACAAGAACACAACCCGUUUGCACACCGAACUGAGCCGCCUCAUUCACACACAAUUGCAGGCGGUGGAGCAGACGAAGGUCACGGCAAAGAAGCGCGAGGGCAUCUUGCCGAUAUUCCAGUCGUUCCCAACAUUUGUUCGCCGUAUGGAGGCGCAGUUGGGCGAGGCCGAUACAUUGCCAGUGCGCGAGGCCGUAGACCAUGGCUACGAGCGUAUAGCGCGUGGCAUGAUGGCCGCUGUCCAGUCGAUUCCGCAGGCGGGAGCUAUUGACGACGACAAGGGCCAGCUGAACCACCAUGUGAUCCUGAUUGUCAAUGUGUACCAUCUAUGCAUGCGUGUGCGGCCCGGCACGCCGCCGAAUCAAGCACUUCUUCGUGUGCAGCAACAGGCACAGACCUUGCUCGAGUCCAGCCAACAUGGCUACGUCAAGACCAUGCUUCGGCGUCCGCUUGGCAAAGUCGUGGACUUUGGCAAUGGGAUUGAUGCACUUCUGUCGACAACGCCAGCGACAGAAGUCGCGCUGCACAGUAGCUAUUCACGCGCAGCCGUCAAGAAGCUUGUGCGUGACUUUACCAUGAAGGAUGUACGCAAGUGUGUUGAGGCUCUAUCGAAGCGGAUGCAGAAGCAUUUCGACGACGAUGAUGCAUCGAUGAUCACAUCAGGCGCGCUUGCACGCGAUGAGCUCGCCGAUGUUCUUGCACAGGUCUGGCAUGCAACGGAGGAUGCGUUUGUGGCAGAGGUUGAACGGCUCGGUCGCAUCCUGCAUACGUGCUAUCCCCAGAGUGGACUGCAUUUGGACGUGAGCGCGCAAGACGUAGCCCGGCUCUUCCAGACGCAAGCACCGACGAUCCGGCGCAGAUAG